AUGUUUAAUAACCAGUUUUCUUGCAGCAGAACCUUCGAGAAGAUCACUAGUGAUCUCUACCAGGUGGUUCAAGAUCCUAAGGAAAAACUUAGGGACUUUGUUAACAGGUUUGUCAGGGAAGCUCUAAGCAUCCCCAACAUCGACAUGGCCACCGCAGUAGAGGCAUUUAAACUGGGACUAAGAAAGGAUUCAUCAUUCUAUGAAGACCUUGUAAUGACCGCAUGCAAAAGAUUGGAUGAAGUCAGGUGCCGAGCAUUGAGGUUCAUAGGAAUCAAAGAGGAUAGAGAAAUCCAAAAUAGAAGCAACCCUGUGAAUCAAUAUGAGAAUCCCAAUAGAAAGGCCGAAUCCUCGACUUCAAGAUCCUACAAGUCGAAGCCCUAUUCCAAACUGGAUCAUCACAGGGUCAAUGCCCUCAAAGAUGAAGGAGAAAAAGGAAAAAUUCCUAAAAUUACUGACUAUUGUUUUUCUGUGGAUAUUUCAGGUGUAAUUCAUGCUAUGCAUGAUCUUGGAGACAAAGCAAGAUGGCCGAAAAGGGAUAACAAGUCCAUCACUUGGAAAGAUAAGUCCAAAUGGUGCGCUUACCAUGAAGACUUUGGCCAUGUGACAGAGGACUGCAUAGCCCUAAGAAAAGAAAUCAGCCACCUCCUUAGUAAGGGACACCUCAAAGAGAUCAUAGACAGAAAAAGAGAAAAACACAGGGAGAACAGCCAGGAUGGUCACAGGAUCGCCGAGAAACCAGGAUCUCCACCCUCUGACGCUAAGAUAAUUAAUGUUAUCUCAAUCGGAUCUAACAUCUUGGUACCUCUUAUUCUCAGGCUAAAAGACACGCCAAGGUCUCUAUAA